UCUCAGUCAUAUAGAUUUGUUCAUUGUCUUUAUGUUUUACUGUUAUUGCAAAGUCAUGCAAUUGGGUUUUUGAUAUUGUUUGGAGUGCUGAGGACCGUGUUAUUCAAGUUAGUUAAAACAGUGUCAUCCUUCGUGUAAUUUAGAUUAAUUUAGUCUAGACUAUCACUCGAAUCAAAGAAAAAAUUAUUUGGAAUGCAAACAAGUUUACUUUGGAGGCUGGUUUUCAUAUGUUGCAUGAAUUUUAAGAGUAAUUCAGUUUGCAGUUCAUAACUUUUAGUUCUUUAAAUUUAUAAUUUGAAUUAUCUCACAAGUAGAUGAUGUAAUCACUUGAAAGAUAUUUUUUGUAGCUAUUUUCCUUAGGAGAAAGUGAGUAUAUUUCACUGCAUAAGGAAGAGCAUUUUAUUUUUUACUCAAACUGACAAUUAAAUUUAACAAAUAAGACAAACCGAUACAAAAAUUGGGUAAUUGAUCUUUAUUCAAGAGAGGUGACCUUCGGACUCUCUUUUUCUUCUUCAACAUUCAUUCAUUUCUAGCGAUAUGAUUGAAUAAAUAAAAGAAGAAUCAAUAGACAAAAACAAGAAGAAAAAAAGACCGCAGAAAGAGAAAACAAGAAUGUAAAAAUUACUACACUUUUUUGAAAACUAUAAAGAAUGUCACGCUAGAAUUUUCUUUUCCUCAAAUGUAAAAGAAAACAGAAGCUAUUUCUAUUUUAAUUACCAGCAAUUACCAUUUGCAACUGUAUAUUGUUGUGAUGUCAUCAUCUGGGAUUUUGGGAAGUAGGUAACUUGAACAGAAAAAUAAUGUUUAAUUACCACUUAAAUGAAAUGAGCAAAAAACAAGACAAAAUUCAACAGUAGGUAGCUGAGAAAAAUCAGAAGCAGCAUAAAAUAAUUUACAAAGAAUUAAUUAGGCAUACAUGAUAGGGUAGUAGUAGUUCUGUGCUGCUGAUAUAAGUGAGGCCCUUUGAAGCUGGAAGAUAUUUCUGUUGUGGUCCAAAAUUGGCUGAAGCAAGAAGUGGAAAAAGAAGCAGACAAAUUAUACAAAAAGCAGUUUGCUGAUAUAAUCCAUUUGUAUUGGUGUUUGAAACUCAUCAUAGCAAGUGCUCUCUUUGUUUCUAUGCAUAAUACAAACCAUCAUAUUUCUAGGACAUUAUUCAUUCCUUCCUAUCUAAAUACAUUUUCUGCUUUUUUUUCUUCAUUUGGCAGAUAUUCAUAUUUCAGCACAAAAGGGUCAGACCUUCAAAAUUCAGGAUAUAUUCUUGUAGAAGGUUGCCAAAUAAAGCUUCUACGUAUGGAGAAGCUUCUAAAGCCAUAUGAUAAGGAGUACAUGAGGAUGGCCAUUUUAAAGCACGAAGAAACUUUCAAAGAGCAGGUAUAUGAACUUCAUAGGCUAUAUCAUUUGCAGAAGAUAUUGAUGAAAAGCUCCAUUGGAAAAAGAAGGCCCAAUGUACAGAAACAAGAGAGUUGGGAUUUAAAUUAUCAUCACAACCAAGAGGCACAAUUUAACCCACAAAGGAAACUAGAUUUAGAACAGCCUGCAGCAGGAGCAGGAGCAGGAGAGUACAUUGCAGACACAGAAGGAGAUGAUGGGGUGCUAGAGAUCAUAGAUGAGACUGAGAUUGAGUUGACUCUAGGCCCCACCAGAUACAACAGCAACAGCAACAACAGCAACAGAAGCAGCAGCAGCAACAGAAGGAAGAGAGGAGGAGAGGCAGCAGCACUAACACUAUCAGAUUCAGCAGGUCCAAGUAGUUUCUCAUCUUCUUGUUCUACUGGAUCAAGCCAUACAAUAAACAGGAAAAGUAGUUUCUCCAGGAGGACCAAUCAAAGUACUAUACAUGGGCAGCUGCUGCCUGCUGACAUGGCAUCAGGAGGGUACAGAAGAAGUGGAGGGAGUAAAAUCAGCAGCAGCAAUGUUAAUGGUGGAGAAGAACAGUUGAGACAGGAUGAGAGGCUAAAACUGCCUCCUUGGCUUUUCCAAGUUUUGAGCUUGAACAUGACUUGAUUUGAUAUGGAUAUGAUAUGAUUUUUAGACCUCUUCUUCUUACUUGUUGACUAAUAUGUGAUUGAUGAUGUUUGGGUGGGAUUCUAAUUAGCCGGUUAAUUUUGUAGCGUGAUGGGUGGAGUUUGUAUAAAGAUCAUCAUUUGCCUCCAUUGCUUUAUUUCCUUGUUCACUUUUACAAAGAAAUGUAAUGAAUAUGAUGAAA